UUAAGCAGAGGGCCUGCCACAGCUCCUCUCCUCCCCUUGAAGGGCAGACACACACAUAGUUUGUGUAAUGUGGUUUCGCUGUAAGGACUGGGGAGCCUCCUGCUCUGGAGGAAAGCCUGAGGAAACUUACGUUUCUGAUUCCAUGAGCAGGAGAAUCUGGAGAAGAUGAAACAGACUGACAGACUCUCAGUCUUUCUACACUGGAUGGAUUUUUACACAUCCAACAUCACUGCUGAGUUCGUCUGAUCAGAAUUUGUCUCUGAGGUUUUCCAGGCCCUUCCACUGUAAGGUCACCUUCACAGUUUUUACUUCUUUUUAGCGCAUAAAGGCACCAUGGGAAACAUCUUCCAGUGCUGCCAGACCCUCUCAAACUACUUUAAGUGUCAGGAUACACCAGGCCCGGGUGAGGCAGAAAGAUCUCCUCUGCUGUCCAGCGAAGAGAGUGAAUGUGAGUCACCGAGUUUGAUGGACAACUCGGAGGACGACGCGUUAACCGUCUCAACAAACAGUAUAACAAACCUGGCCCUCGAACCAGAGAACUUUCUGUUUCCUGACAUCAUCCUAAGCAGCAGCAUGGGAGGAGAUGUGACUCUGGUGGAGCCAAUGGUGUGUCUGCUCGUGUCUGAGGAGGAUGAAGGAGGAGGCGAGGGGAUGGGCGAGCAAAGAAGCGAAGAACGAGGGAGGAGCAAUGAGAUGCGAGGCAGAGGAUACUCUGAGGUUGAGACUCAGACUGAAAUAGAGACCCAGAUUGGUAUGGGGGUGCAGACUCAGACUGAGUCGCAAACAGAAGUUCAAACACAAACAGAAACACUCGAGUUCGGUAAUAAGAGGGUGGUUAGGGGAGGAAGUAUGAUCAUUAAUAGUGAGACUAGAAAAGAGAUGCAUGAUUGGGAUCAACAUGAAGGUGUGGAACAGCUGCUUUUGGAGGCACAAACAUCGGAGAAGAAAAGCAGUGACAUUUGGUGUGACGUUGAAGUUUCUGCUGACUUGAAGCUGCCAGGAAAGGUAGGAAGGCAGACAGCCAAAGACAAACUCGAAGUGACGGCCAACUUAACAAAGCUAACUUGGCAGACAGAAAGAAACACUGACCCAAUCGAAGAGGAACAUGCAGAUUCUGCCCUGAGAGAGCCGACAACCUUACAGUGCAACAAAAAGCCAGACGAGCAAAAGACUGAAUCCAAACACACCUCAGUGAUGCAGGCUGGCCACAAGGUCAGCGGCACAAAUGAAAACAUUGCUGCAGUGGAGUCAGAGAAGAUGACAAAAUGCAGCAAUAAUGACACAGAAAAUGUGGAGAACUUUGACCCCACUGAGGGUUGCGUGAACCUGAAACAACAGAGCAAUCAGGACAAUGGACAGGUGGAAGAGUUAGAGCAGACUGCAAAUGAAAAGCAACAUAAUAAUAUCCACAUAGAAACAAACAACCAUGUGGUUCAGACAGCAGGUCAUAUUCAGAGUCAGGACAAGAAGUUAGAGGAAGCCAUCAAGACUGAUGAGCGACAGGCAGAAGGAGAAGAAGAAGGAGAGACUGAGAUUGAUCGAAUGACCCUUUUUUUAGUUGACAGACUGUUUCUGGGAGCACCACAUGUCCAAACACAUCCAAAUCCAGCUACAGCACCCACUGAAGAUGAUCUCCCAGAGCAGUCUGAUGAUGAUAAAAGGAAAAAACUUAGUAUCCAAGACAUAGUUGAUCUCCAAGAGACAAGUUUUACUGUCAGAAUCCAGCCUCCAGGAACAGAAAGUUUUGAGCUGCAGGUGUCAGGCCAGAUGUUGGUUGUGGAGCUCCACCAGGUGCUUAUGGAUCAUGAGAUCACCUGCCACCGCACGUGCUUCUCCCUCCAGCUGGGUGGUGUCACGCUCGACAGCCUUAAUGAGCUGCACUCUGUCCCGGGCAUCCGUGAUGGAGCGGUGAUCAAGGUGGUGGAGGAAUCUUACUCGGUGCGUGAUGCUCGUCUUCAUCUCAGACAUGUACGUUAUCUUCUGAGGAGCCUCGACCCCACCGAUGCGUACAACGGCGUGAACGGCAGCUCACUGUCUUACCUCAACUUCUACACCAGAGGAAACAAUGAUGGUCAGAGCAUGGGGAAGAGGCGAGCUUCUGAAAGGGAGUCUCUUGACUGUCGCCCUCCAGAAUACGUCCUCCCCGGCUCUAAGGAGCGACCGCUGUGUCCACUUCAGCCAGUCAGAGAGGACUGGAAGCCUUUGCAGUGCCUGCGGGUCUUGACCCUCAGCAGUUGGAACCCACCUCCAGGAAACAGGAAGAUGCACGGCGACUUAAUAUACCUGAAUGUCCUGACUAUGGAGGAUAGAGAACUCAAUAUUACAUCCUCUACACGGGGUUUCUUCCUCAACCAGUCGACUGCCUUCAUCUUUAACCCCAAACCUGCAGUUCCCAAAACCCUUUGCCAUUCUCUAGUGGAGCUGCUGAGUCAAGUCAGCCCUGCUUUCAGGAAAAACUUCACCACCCUGCAGAAGAAGAGAGUUCAGCAGCACCCUUAUGAGCGCAUUGCAGCACCUUUCCAGGUGUUCACCUGGACUGCGCCACACGGAGACCACACCCUUGACUGCGUGAGAGCGGAGGAGACGCACGCCAGCUACAUGGGCCAGGAUGAGCAUACGAGUCGGGACUGGAACGAGGAGCUUCAGGGAUGCAGGGAGCUCCCCGGGAGCUCCCUGCAGGAACGACUGCACAGAGAGAGGAGCAUUUUCAAGACCAACAGUGACUUUGUGGCCGCUGCGACACGAGGUGCUACGGCUGUCAUUGAUGGCAACAUCAUGCCGAUAAACCCAGGGGAGUCGCCUCAUUUGCAAAUUUUCAUGUGGAACAACCUCUUCUUCAGCCAGGGGUUUGAUGUGUCUGAGCACUACCGACCACUAGGGGGAAACACUGCUGCUCACGCUGCUGCCAUCUGUGACCUAAGAGGAGCUCAGGCAUAUGCAUCAGUGGACAUAGAGGGGCUACACACAAUCGGCACAGCUGUGGUGGAUUAUCGCGGUGUCCGAGUUAUUGCUCAGACGAUCGUUCCUGGGAUACUUGAGAAAAAUCAGGAGGAGAGUAUAGUGUACGGCUCCAAUGACAAUGGAAAGACAGUGUUUACUCAUCCGAGGUUUCUGGAGCUGCUGGAUAAAACCAGUAAGCAGCUGAGAAUCCAGCGUCACCAGGUUUUAGACCACAACAACAGACCGGUGGAGCUUUGCUCUGGCAUCGAGACCAUAGGCAUCCUGGGUAAUGAUGGACGACCUUACAUCUUGGACCUCCUGCGAACCUUCCCCCCAGAUCUUAACUUCCAGUUCUCAGAGACAGAGGAGAGGAGGGAGGAGGUGCCAAAGGAGUGCCAGAGCUUUGGUUACCCAUGUCUCCAUUGUCACAGUCUGGCCAGCCUGAGACCUGAGCUGAUUGAGGCCUUCAUCCAGCACAGGUAUGAGCUUUUCAUGAAGAUGGUAUCGCAUGAGCUGAGCCAGCUGACUGAACAGGAUGAAGUUACAGAGUGGAGUGAGAAGCCCGUCUGUGAUUCAGAUACUGGGGAGAGACCUGCAGCCAGUGCUGACAUGGAAAUAAGGAGAAGAACUGCGAUCCUGAAAGCUUGUAGAGCCGUCGGCUCAGUGAGUGACUCCUGCUUUGACAUCCGCUUCAAUCCUGAUGUUUGCUCUCCAGGUGCUCGAUUCCCUGCUGAGUGUUUAGAGGAGGUUCAGAGGCAAAGAUGCCUGCUGUGGGAGGCAGCUGCUUUUCUCCUGUCUCAUCAGAUCCCAGCAAUGUUGAUGGACUGUCUUGACCACACGGCAGUGCCAAUGGACGGCGCAAGUCUGACCUCAGCGCUUCAUCAGCGGGGUGUGAACGUGCGAUAUCUGGGCACCAUACUGAGGGAGCUCGGCAGGGUGGAGGAGAGAAGACGACUCGACCAUAUACAGAGAAUUUGUGUGAGUGAAAUCAUCCUCAGAAGUGCCAAACACAUCUUCAGGACCUACCUGCAGGAUGUGGAACCUGCAGCUUUCUCUGCAGCUGUCAGUCACUUCCUAAACUGCCUCCUGACCUCCUCCUCCUGCUUCCCCAACUCCUGCUCAGACGAGCUGCUCUCCCGUCGCAGGAGCCGCCGACGCCGGAGUCACGGGAGUCGAGCCGCAUUGUUGAGUGACAGCGUGUGGGCUAGGCUGACGUCCGGCGAGCUGUGGGGCAGGAUCAGGGCUGAGGCUCGAGAUUAUUACCACUACACAUUUGACAGUGAAAGUAUAGAUGAAGUAAUAGAAAAGCACAACCUUCAGAGGAUCUCCCUGCUGAGAGAGAUUGCCAUCAAGACAGGCAUCCAGGUGCAGCUGAGGGAAUAUGUGUUUGAGUCUCGACACAGGCCGGCAUUUGGUGAGGAGGACAUCGUCAACAUGUUUCCCGUGGUCCGGCACCUCAAGCCUACGUCAUCGCAUGCCACGCGGCUUGUUCAGCAAGCCCAGCUGGCAGUGCAGCAGGGGCUUCUCAAGGAAUGCUACGACUUGAUUAGUCAGGCCUUGACUCUAUUCAGCAGUGUGUGUGGGGUCCUGCAUGAGGACGUGUGCAUGUGCCUGCGCCUCCUCGGACGGCUCAGCUACAUCUUGGGAGAAAACGCAGAUGCCCUCAGCCACCAGGAAAAGGCCGUAAUGAGUUCUGAGAGACUCCAUGGUAUAGACCAUCCACAGACCAUACAAGAUUAUACUUUUUUGACCCUCUACUGCUUUGCUGGAGGCCGCCACUUGACCUCUCUACAGCUGCUGUAUCGCGCUCGGUACCUCACCCUGCUUGUUAGUGGAGAUGAUCAUCCACAAGUAGCAUUACUGGAUAGCAUGCUAGGUCUGGUACUUCAUGGACUGAUGGAGUAUGAGCUGUCCCUGAAGUUCCUGCAGAAUGCCUUAACUUUAACCUCAAAAUACCACGAUGUCACAUCCCUGAAACACGCACACAGUCAUCACCUGCUGGCCACUGUGUAUGAGAGUAAAGGAGAGUUUCGAUCAGCUCUGCACCACGAGAAAGAAGCUUAUUCAAUAUAUAAGAGCCAGGUUGGUGAGAACCAUAACAACACUAAGGAAAGCUCGGAAUACCUGAAGAGCCUCACUCAGCAGGCUGUGAUCCUUCAGAAAGCCAUCAACCAAAUAUACAGCAACACACCUGGUGCCUGUAUUCCACCACCAAAGUUUUCCACACCGAGCCUUCCCACAAUACUCCAGCAGCUCAACCUGACAUGUGGAAUCAUUCUCAUCCCCCUCAGUGGAAAAGAAAUUGACGAACUCCGGGCUGAGUUUAAAGGAAAAGUAAAAGUGAAAACGGAAGAGCUUGAAAAUCAGUUGUUAAGUUCUGUGGAGUACAAACAACAAUACUGACUUAUGAACUAAAAACACAACCACAAUGGGACACCUGCAUGAUCUGUGAAAGUGACCGUGGACAAUGAGCAGCAAUGGCGGAUGAAAGCGAGGCAAAACAAUGCCGUUAUUAAGCAGGUCACCCAGGUGCACCUGUCUCCUGUUAAAAGAGGACUUUGCUCUGCUGUUGUCAGUAGACAUAGAUUAUCAGUGCCAUAAUAAAGCUCUUGCCGAACUGUACGGCACUGUAUGUGAUGGCAAACACGUUCAACUCACUUCCUUUUUGUCGUGAAAGUAGAUAAAUAAAACCAAGAAUUGUGCUGCUAGAUGAAUGGAAAAGCACAGUAAGUUUUACACUGUGUAUACAGAGAAAAAAAUAUAUAGCCACAGUGUUUAAUAUCUCAGAUUGUGAAAUGGCAUGUCGUCUUCUUGCACUACCCUGAGUGUCCACUGGGUUUCACACUUGUGCCAUGAGCAUUUCUCAGAACAAAGUAGAGUAGAUGAGUUCCCAUUAUGCAGAAGAAAUAGAUUUUUUUUAAGUAACUAUUUUAUAGGCUUAUAUUAAGUGUGUGUUUUGUAUUGUGCGAUAGGCCACAGCCCUGAAAGUCCAACAUAAAUGUAAAAAAUAUGUGUGAAUCAAGUAACAUUCGAGUGAGAACAGGUAGAAAGGCACUUUAAUGAAUACAUUUUAUUGUGUGAGACUGAUUUACAUGUGUACCACAAUUUAGUUGUCAUUAAUAUCAUCUUAUUUUUUUUAUUCUUCUAUUAUAUAAUAACAGAAAGCUUAAAAAUGAGAGGAUUAGGCUUUGAAAUUGCAUUUCUACUUCAUAAAAACAGCGACAGUUUUAUAUAUUUUAUAUAUUAUUCCAUCUGAAAACUAUCCGAGUAUUUCUGAUAUAGCUUCCUGUGAGUUGUUUAGUAUAAAUCAACAUCUGUAGAGCCGAAGCAUGGCGGUGUAAUUUCAUCUAUUCAAAUCAAAACAUGGAUGCAGCUGACAAUAAAAAUGACUUAUA